CAAAACAUAAUCGCAAUCGUGACGUUGUCUCGCUAUACAAAAACAAAAUACAAAACAUGUCGCAAAUUCCUAUUUUUUGAAAAGUUUAAAUUUUAGUGAAGCUGGACUCUUAAUAACUCGUUGGUUUAUAAAUUUUUUGUUGCAAGAGUUGCUCUGAGAUUUAUUUAAAUGGACGGGGCUGCCUUCGAGCACAGCGACUCAGAUUCAGGAGAGAGUUGGACCUUGCUGGAAAAUACGCCAACAUACGGGGAUGACGCCCCGGAUUUUUCUGGGGAGCAUGCUCGACAGGAAGGAGAUGCGGCGGAACACAAUGAAAAAGAUGAAGACACUGAUGGAAUAUCCAUAAUAAGUGACAGUGACCCUGAAUCAACAACACCUUGCGAGUUGACUUUUGACAAAUGUUUGCUAGAGGAGGACCGUCCAACAGACCCAGAAAUCCCAGAAUAUGUUUCGAUAAAUCCACCACACCCUACCAAUAAUCGUAACGAAAGUCAAGAGUCUGUAAGGGGCGACGAUGAUUUUCUUGGAGAUAACACCGGGAAACUGAAAACGUAUGUCCAUCGACGAAAUAAGAGACUGAGUACUGUACUCAAUAUCAUAGUACUGGGGAGCGUCAUCACUGCUGCAGGUGUAGCUAUUGGUCAUAUGUGGGGUGCUAAAAAUGAAUGCUCAAUGCACGCCACACCCUCGGUCAAUAAAAUACUUUCAAACCUUUAUAAACUACAAGAAGAAAAUGCAUAUUUGCGCAAUAAAUUAAAAGAACUCACUUUUAUAAACAACAUCCAUAUGCAAUACAGAAAAGCAGAAACCGAAAAGCUACCAUUAAGACAAAAAUGUAGAAAAGUUUUUGAGGAGCCUUUGACUAACAAAAAUGUAGACAAAAUCACCAAAUGUGUUGACAAUGAAAUCAUGCCUGGAAAGAUUUUGGAUAUUAGAGCAAUAGAGUAUGAGUAUGAGAAAGAUUUUUUAAGUGACAUUGACAAACUGAAGAAUGUAUAUCAACAAAAUAAGAGUUGGCUUGAUGAAGAGAUCGCUAAACGCAUGAAGAAUGAGGAACAGUAUUUAAAAAAAAUGAAAAAUAAUUUAAAAUCCCCCAAGUCAAUUAGAUUAAAUGAAGGCAAAAAGUCUUUAUACAAUGAGAGCUUAAAGAAACAAUCAGAAAUAAUAAACGAACUACCCAGCAGCGUUGAAAAAAUAAUAAAUGUUACAGAUCCGUUAACACAUUCUAUAUCCAAUGUGUAUGAACAUAAUAUUGUAAAGGAUAUAAUACCAGAAAAAAGGGUAUCUUAUGCGGAUUCCUUGAAAUCUGGCCACAAAAUGGUAAAAAGAAGUAUUCAGAAUGAAGUAUCAUUUAAUAAAACGAAGGUACUUGCUAAGAAAAGAAAACCGAAAGAGUUCGAUACUAUUUCUGAAAAUUCUAUGAGUGAAGAUGAAUUGAGAAAAGACGACAGGUAUGUAGGAAACAAGUACAAAAUAGUAAGGAAGAAGAGUGAUCGUCAAAAGAGUCACAAGAAGCAAAAGAGGAAGAACAAGUAUGAGCAAUGGGAGAUGAAAGGAGGUUACAUGAAGGACUAUGAUGAUUUUUCUAUAACAUCUGGACAAGAUAACGAAUAUGCCUUGAGAAAUCCCGAUAAAAAUUUCUUAAGCCGCGAAUUCGAGCGCAACAACUAUGUUGGUCAGUUUUCAGAAACUGACGAAAAUGUAAAGUCAACAGAACCAGAUAGUGAUCAUAAAUCGAAGCUGGAAAAAACCGAAAGUCGUGUAUCCAAGCGGAACAAAGUCAAAGGGAAGAAUAACAGAGAUAAGGAAGCGAAUUGGUAUGAGACGAGGGCUGCCUUUCGUAAUGAAGCUAGAAAGAAACUUGAACAAGAGUUGUUUGGAGAAUCUACUCCCAACACUGCUGGCUGGUAUUUUCGGCGCAUGCAGCGCCGAGAGCAAUGCCGCGUCAAGGGAGAUAACAGCACUUAUAAAAGACUAUCCAAGCGCAUCAUGAAUUAUAAAACCAAACAUUAAGACAUGAGCAUUCUAAGAAUUUUCAGGAAAAUUUUGUGUCAUAAACAACGGGAUACACCCAUAUUGAGUCUAUUGAAAGAAAUUGUUAAAUGUAGCUAUGUUCAUAGGAAUGUAGAAUGAUCGACGUCGCUCUUAGGAGCGAUGAUGGGUGUGAUUAAUCAGAUUGAGAUAAUAGUAUUGUGUUCACCAUGCACAUAGUAAGUGUUAUGAAGUGGUGCGCUACAAGGCAGAGGAAUGUUUGUAGUCAAUCUUUCUUAUCAAGCAUUCACUGAAGUAGCAAAUGUCGCUAAGUAUAGUGUCGUUAAUAGAAUGCUUUAAUUACGUAGAAAUCAUUCAGUGCUUAAAUCUACUUUCGAGAGCAGCAUUUACAAAAAUUCCUCUUCCUUGAUGCAGACAUUGUUAGUGUUUAAAAAACAAUAUCAAAGUUUUUAAGCUUUGCUGGUGCUUAGCACUCAUAGCUUGUCUAAUACUUUUAUGAAUCCUCUAUUUUGUACUAACUUUAUGUAAUUUAGAUCUAUGUCUUUUGGACUUGAUGCUAAUUAAUUACUACAUAAUAUUUGUAAUUAAUGUUAUUAGUACAUAAUUCCGAUUUAUAGUCUUAAGAUUGUGCAAACACUUUUAAAGGAAACUCACUUGGCUCAUUCUUUAAAGCUAGCAACAACUAGGAUUGUUAGAAUUGUAUGUACAUGGCAAAGUUAACCCUAUUGCAAAGCAAAAAUAAUUUUGCAUUUUCUGAACGACUGAUAUGCAAAUGCAAAUUUAAUUUAGUGCUCCUUAUGUCCUUAUGUAUUUUAGGUGGAAAUUAUCAAAACUAGUAUUUUGAUAAUACAUUUAUUUUAUUACUCAUACAGUAUUUAUUUACACUUGCCCUUAUG